AUGCAAUUGGCAUUCAUAUUGUUUGUAGUAUCAUUUCAAUCCGCAUUUGCCAUCCCAUUUCACAUCAAAACAAAGCGUGGCACUGGUGUAGACAUUGCUGUCAAUUCCAACUCUGAUUUCUGUACCUAUUUGCCUCCUCAUCCUGGACAAUCUGUAUCUGCUACUGAAAAUGAUGCUGAUCCAUUUUGCACCGUGACAAAACAAUAUGCUGGUUGCUUCCCUGAUGGGUUUAUCAAAUCUGCUCACUUUUACCGAACCGCUACCUAUGUCCAGGUCACUGGUCGGAUCAAUCAUACCGCGUAUGAUAUCUUGACUGAGGAUGGAGGAGGUCAAUAUGACAACAAGAACCUCCCUCAUGGCACUUGUAAUGGAUUGAAGCAUUGGGUUAAUUUGAUUGAGCCGGAUAGCGAAACAUUUUGUAUUCGAUGCUGUCAAUACAAAUCAGAUUGCAAUAUUGGGAUAUCCACACAUGGAUGUCUUCGAAUUGUACCUGGAGACUAUAGUUAA